GAUUAAAAUUGAAACAUAUAGGAACAGUACACGCAGUUCGUGUCACAAAUCACUUGUAAUUCUCGUCGGGAGGUAACCGCGCUUAUAAUGACACAAGUUAAAGUAACUGAGGGGGUGCUGGAGGGGGAGUUAGUGGAGAAUCUAUACGGAGGAAGUUACUACAGCUUUAAAGGAAUACCGUUCGCCGAACCGCCCGUUGGAAGACUUAGGUUUAAGGCUCCCCAACCACCAAAAGCAUGGGAAGGAGUGCGAUCUGCAAAAGAAUUCGGACCAUUCUCCUAUCAGGUCGAUUGGUGGUCGCCAACGCCCAUAGGCAGCGAGGACUGCUUGUACCUCAACGUCUACACGCCAGACAUAAAGCCCAAAAAACUCCUGCCAGUCAUGUUCUGGGUCCACGGAGGAGGCUUCGUAAGCGGCAGUAGUAAUGAAUACGGCCCACAACUGUUGGUCAAGAAAGAUGUUAUAGUAGUGACAACCAAUUACAGGCUGGAGAUCUUGGGAUUCCUUUGUUUAGAUACUGAAGACAUACCUGGCAAUGCUGGCAUGAAAGAUCAAGUGGCAGCCCUGCGAUGGGUUAAUAAAAAUAUUAAGAAUUUCGGUGGUGACCCUGAUAAUAUUACAAUCUUUGGUGAAAGCGCAGGCGGUGCAAGUAUCGGGUGGCUUAUAGUGUCACCAAUGACUAAAGGCCUCUAUAAAAAAGCUAUAACUCAAAGUGGAACUUCUACAUGCUCUUGGUCUCAGUCUUUCGAGCCACGAGAACGUGCUUUAGCAUUAGCGCGUAAAUUGGGUUGUUAUUCUGAAGAUGAUAAAGAACUCCAUGAAUUUUUUAUAUCCCUACCUUUCGAGUCCCUCGUUUCUACACAAACUCGUUUAACAAUGGCUGAAGAAACAAAAAAUGUUUUCGAACCAGUGUUCAUCGUUGUCGAUGAGAAGAAAUUUGGUGAUAAUGAAAGAUUCUUUUACGGUGAUGUUUUUAGUUCUGUAGCUAAUGGUCUUCAUGAGGGAGUUACUCUUAUGACAGGAUAUACAGAGGACGAAGGGAUACUGAACAUGGCACUCGGCAUACCCGUACAGGAUAAAAUUGAUCUAAUCAACCGAUUCCAUGACUACCUUGUCCCAAAACCAAUAGCAAUUAACAACCUCAUCAGUGAUCAGAUACAGGCAGGAAAAAUGAUCAAGGAAUAUUAUUUUAAAGGAAAAGUAAAUAUUGAAGACUGGGAACAAUUGGUAAAAUAUUAUUCUUUAGAAGUAUUUGUAUAUUCCACUAUUCAGUUUGCAAAAUUAUGUGCAAAUGCGAAGAAAAAUAAGGUCUAUUUAUAUAAAUUCACUUGCAAAUCUGAGAGGAAUGUUUUUGGACCUGUGAUGGGUAUGGGUGAACUGAUCAAGGAUAAACAAGUGGUGUGUCACGCAGAUGACCUUUACUAUUUAUUCGAUCUUGGCCCUUUGGAAAAUGUAAAACCAGAAGUAGGCUCAAAAUCAUACGAAAUGAUUGAAAAUGUGACGAAGAUUUGGACAGACUUCGCUAAAUAUGGGAACCCGACUCCUGAUGACAGCUUCGGAGUAGAAUGGAAACCUUACACGUUGGAGAACCAGGAUUAUCUAGAGAUCGGAAACGAGAUAGUAGCUGGCGUAGAACCCGACAAAGAAGAAGUAGAAUUCUGGGAAAAACUUUACAAGAAAUAUGCCCCCGCACUUGUUUAUUCCACAUAUAUUUCAAAAUGAAUACUGAAAUAUUGAAAAUAAAUUACAAUUAUUAAAAAAAUUAUAACGACAAUAUUGAAAUUAGUCAACCAUUUUAUCUUUAGCGAAAAGUAACAAGAAGCAGAUCAAAAUUAGGAAAAGUAGUAAACUUCCUUUAGUAAAGGUCGAAGUAGAGUAUGCGCUCAUGAUGUUCUCCUACAUUAAUUUGAAUUAUAUAAAGAAUAUUUUUUAUCUAGUUAAUAAUAAUUCCUUAUAACAAAGAUGUUAUCUUUGUUAUCCAUAAAGAUACAUGCUGGUAGGAGUAUUUUAUAUGCGCCCGAAUAGCCACCACCGUACACAAUAUGUUAAGACAUAUCUGUGUGCCGUACCGGGGUCAACCUAUGCGACUCCAAUAGGCCGGCACAAUUGUAUCGACUGCCUAGGAGUAAUUAACUCUCAUCAGUCGACAUUCUAUUGGACCCCACUCCACUUACCAUCAGGUGCUGUGGGGACACUUUGCCUUGCAUUUAUAAAAAAAGAGAAACACAACCAAGAUUUUUCGCAGCUUACAAAAUAAAGAUGUCAACAUCCCCAUUAAAGGCA